UAAGAACCGUCUGAAGGAAAUCGCGAAAUCUUGCCAUCUACACCAUGUCGUCAGCUCCUCUCCUCCAAGCCGCUCCUGGCAAGCGUAUCGCUCUUCCCGUCCGCGUCGAGCCAAAGGUCUUUUUCGCAAACGAGCGUACCUUUCUCUCAUGGUUGAACUUUACCAUCGUCCUCGGCGGCCUCGCAAUCGGUCUCCUCAACUUCGGUGAUAAAGUCGGAAGAAUCAGUGCUGGUCUCUUCACUCUCGUCGCUUUGGCCACUAUGGUGUAUGCACUUGUUACCUAUCACUGGAGAGCUGCGGCGAUCAGAAAGAGGGGUGCUGGUCCCUAUGAUGACCGUGUUGGUCCUACUGUGUUGUGUGGAUGCUUGCUUGCUGCCGUCAUCACCAACUUUGCUCUGAGAAUCUUCUACUAAACACUCAGAGGUGUAUGCGCGUGAUCUUACGGGGUGGUAGUCGUUGUGAAUGCAUUCAUUGAUGCCUGGCGGAACAGAGUUCUGCAAUGGCAGGAGAUAUAUCGGUGUGGAAGCGUGUUGCUAAAAGCGUUGCUUGGUUUUUGUUAGACGGCGUACUGUAUUC